AUGUCCCUGCAAGCAGACGCAGCCCAGUGUGGAGGGGUGGUGGUGGAAUUUGAGUCUGAUGACAUCAGGGAGGCUCGGGCCAGGAAGGCCAGGAGUAGAUCAGGGUCAGCCCUCAUCUACCUCAGGGGCCCUAAAUUCCUGAUAUACGUCAGUGGGGCACUGUCCAUGUGGGGUGACCGUAUGUGGCACUUUGCCAUUUCGGUGUUCCUGAUCGAGCUGUAUGGACGUAACCUGCUGCUGACCGCAAUAUUCGGCUUGGUGGUGGCGGGGUCAGUGCUGCUCCUAGGGGCGUUGAUUGGGGACUGGGUUGACCGCAACCCCAGGAACAAAGUGGCGCAUGCAUCGUUGUUGGUUCAGAACAUUUCAGUGACGGUGUGUAGCAUUGUGCUGAUGUUGGUCUUCUUAUAUAAACAGUGGAUUGAGAGCAUUUGGGAUGGCUGGUUAACUGUGGUUUGUUAUACGGUGGUGAUCGUCCUGGCAGAUGUGGCUAACCUAGCAAGCACAGCGCUGACCAUCGCCAUCCAGAGGGACUGGAUUGUGGUUAUCACUGGAUACAACCGGGGUCACCUCGCCGGGAUGAAUGCUACCAUGCGGCGCAUCGAUCAGGUGACCAACAUCCUGGCACCGCUGGCGGUGGGACAGGUCAUGACCCUGGCCUCCAACGUGAUCGGCUGCGGCUUCAUCCUGGGCUGGAACCUAGUGUCCCUCAUAGUGGAGUUUAUCUUCCUGUCCCGGGUCUACCGCAUUGUACCGGCGCUGUCCGUCAAACCACCCGCGCCCGAGGAUGGCCAGACCUCCCUGGAGAGACCAGCAGAGAGGACGGAGGGACUGGUGGAGGGGAGGGGGUCACAAGUAGAGCAAAGUGAGGUGGUGACAUCAGCCCCGGGCCUCAGUGAUGACGACAUGAGCCUGAACCUCAAGGAGAUCACCAACCUGCCUCUGUGUUUCGGACGCUUCCGCUGGCUGCUGAGUACCUGUAAGGAUGGCUGGAGGGCCUACUACCGCCAGGAUGUCUUCCUGGCUGGGAUGGGCCUGGCCUUCCUCUACACAACUGUUCUGGGCUUCGACUGCAUCACCACGGGCUACGCCUACACCCAGGGCAUCAGUGGCUCCCUGCUCAGUCUGCUGAUGGGGGUCUCGGCUAUAACAGGCCUCAUGGGCACCGUCAUGUUCACCAAGCUGAGGAAGGCCUACGGUUUAGUCAACACAGGUAUCAUCUCCAGCUGUCUCCAUCUUUGCUGUCUGCUGCUGUGUGUGUGUUCUGUGUUCGCCCCCGGCAGCCCCAUGGACCUCCGCCUGCUCAUGCCCUUCCUGGACGCCAACGCCAACUCGACGUUGGCGGCGGCCGGGGGGAUGGUGGAGGGCCAGAGGCAGAAACACACCUACCCGAUGCGGGGUGGCAUUAAUCAGCCGCUGCUGCCCGACCGCUCGUCCAUCCACUGGACCAACAACACGGUGCUGUUUGAGAAUAUGCCAUCAGGCAUGGAGCCAGACUCCUACAUCUCUAUAAUCCUGCUGUUCUUGGGGGUCAUCACAGCACGCAUCGGUCUGUGGUCCUUUGACCUGACUGUGACCCAGCUGCUUCAGGAGAACAUCUGUGAGUCAGAACGUGGUGUGGUCAACGGGGUCCAGAGCUCCAUGAACUACUUGAUGGACCUCCUCCACUUCAUCAUGGUCAUUUCUGCUCCGCAGCCCCAGCACUUUGGCAUCCUGGUCAUCAUCUCUGUACUGUUCAUCACCACGGGACACACCAUGUACUUCCUAUACGCACGCAAAGCCAAGAGAAAACCUGCUGGACGCCUGGACACGUAG